GAGGCGGAGAGGGAGAACCGAGGCUGGCUGGCGGCUAGCGUGUGAAUGAAAGGGGCGGGACGCAGACGCGCUUCCUCCGCCCCCUGUAUAAAAGGCUCCUUUUGGGGCUCGGCCGUUCUCAGCUGCAGCCUCGGGAUCUGGAGAGCUAGUGCAUCGGCACGAGCUAGGGCCGGCUGAGGGAACCAACACUCGCCUUCGCAAGCAGGCACCAUGCGGGAGAUCGUGCACAUCCAGGCUGGCCAGUGCGGCAACCAGAUCGGGGCCAAGUUUUGGGAGGUCAUCAGUGAUGAACAUGGUAUCGACCCCACUGGCAGUUACCAUGGAGACAGUGACUUGCAGCUAGAGAGAAUCAACGUAUACUAUAAUGAAGCAGCUGGUAACAAGUAUGUACCUCGAGCGAUACUGGUGGAUUUGGAGCCUGGUACAAUGGAUUCAGUCAGAUCUGGACCCUUUGGCCAGAUCUUUAGGCCAGACAACUUUGUUUUUGGCCAGAGUGGUGCAGGGAAUAACUGGGCCAAAGGCCACUACACAGAGGGAGCAGAGUUAGUGGACUCUGUCCUGGAUGUAGUGAGGAAGGAGUCAGAAAGCUGUGAUUGUCUGCAGGGCUUCCAGCUGACCCAUUCCCUGGGAGGUGGCACAGGGUCUGGAAUGGGAACCCUGCUCAUCAGCAAGAUCAGGGAAGAGUACCCAGACAGAAUCAUGAAUACCUUCAGUGUGAUGCCCUCCCCCAAGGUGUCAGACACUGUAGUGGAGCCCUACAACGCCACCCUCUCUGUCCACCAGCUGGUAGAGAACACAGACGAGACCUAUUCCAUCGACAAUGAGGCUCUCUAUGACAUUUGCUUCAGAACCCUGAAGCUGACCACUCCCACUUAUGGAGACCUCAACCACUUGGUCUCUGCCACCAUGAGUGGAGUGACCACCUGUCUGAGGUUCCCGGGUCAGCUGAACGCCGAUCUGCGCAAGCUGGCGGUGAACAUGGUGCCGUUCCCCCGCCUGCACUUCUUCAUGCCGGGCUUUGCCCCUUUGACCAGCCGCGGCAGCCAGCAGUACCGUGCCCUGACGGUGCCUGAACUCACCCAGCAGAUGUUCGACUCCAAAAACAUGAUGGCCGCCUGCGACCCGCGCCACGGCCGCUACCUGACCGUGGCCGCCAUCUUCAGGGGCCGCAUGUCCAUGAAGGAAGUGGAUGAGCAGAUGCUCAACGUGCAGAAUAAAAACAGCAGCUACUUUGUGGAGUGGAUCCCCAACAACGUGAAGACGGCCGUGUGCGACAUCCCUCCCCGCGGCCUCAAGAUGUCCGCCACCUUCAUUGGCAACAGCACUGCCAUCCAGGAGCUGUUCAAGCGCAUUUCGGAGCAGUUCACGGCCAUGUUCCGGCGUAAGGCUUUCUUGCACUGGUACACAGGGGAAGGCAUGGAUGAGAUGGAGUUCACUGAAGCAGAGAGCAACAUGAACGACCUGGUGUCUGAGUAUCAGCAGUACCAGGACGCCACUGCUGAUGAGCAAGGGGAGUUUGAGGAGGAGGAGGGGGAGGAUGAGGCUUAGGGACAUCCAAAUACAUUAUACAUCUUAAAUGGACCAUAUACUAUUGUGCUUACGCAUGGUCUUUCCACUUGUAUACUAUAUGGUGCUCAGUUUUGCCACUGUCAGAAGUUCACUGUUGAUGUAAUAAUGUGGAACACUUUAAAAUUAUGGUAAUAUCUAUGUUAAAAUACCUAUACUCAUAAAAGGCAUGUAUCUAAA